GAUGAGUAACUAUAAAUCACUCAGCAAACAGUACUGUGGUCAUAACAUUGUGCUGGAUUAUGGUUUCAUUUGGAUACACUAAAGGAGAUGUUGUGCCGGGACAUAAAAAUCUGUGAAACUUCCUCCUAAACUACAGCAGGUGAAAGAGCAGCUGAGAAGAAGGGAUAAGACCUUUUACAUUCUGGAUUUAUUUCUGACUGCAUCAUCAUGUUUCUGAUUUCGUCGCAUCUGUUGUUGCUCUUAUCACUCCUGGCUCAAUCCAGAGCACAAACAACAAUGUUUCUAGACACUACAGAAUCCACCACUGUAGACCCCACUUUAACCUCAGAGACCACCACAGAAAUCCUCACUACAAUCCCAGAGACCACCACUGAAACCACCACUAUAGAAACCACGCCAAUUCCAGAGACCACCACAGAAACCACCACAACCCCAGAGACCACCACUGAAACCACCACUGUAGAAACCACUACAAUUCCAGAGACCACCACAACCCCAGAGACCACCACAGAAACCACCACAACCCCAGAGACCACCAUAGAAACCACUACAGAAGAGACCACCACUACCACAGAAACCACAACAGAAGAGACCACCACCACAGAAACCACUACAGAAGAGACCACCACCACCACCACAGAAGCCACCACUGAGGAGAGCACCACCAUUGCAUCAACAACUGCAUGGACAGCCCCGGCAAUAUUCUAUCCAUUCGGCUCAGCAGCAGGAGACACUGGACAUCUUGAAGUUGGCUAUGAGUCCUAUGAAUAUGUGACCUUCUCUACUCCAUUUACAUUCUUUACCCGCAAGUACAGCAGCAUUUAUGUCAAUAAUAAUGGACUCCUUACGUUCAACCAAGCUUUACCAGAAGGUCACCCUUAUCCCUUUCCCUCAUAUGGAAAUGAAGAUUACAUUGCUGCGCUCUGGACUGAGCUUGAUGACAUUGGUUAUGGCAAUUACUGGUUUCACGAGUACACAAAUGGAAGUGUGCUCGACCGAGCCAGUCACGACAUAAACCGUUAUUUCCCAAACAGGGGCUUCGCUGCUUCUUGGGUCUUUGUUGUCACAUGGGACUAUGUGCUUACAACAGAUUUCUAUACACUUAACAAUCAUUUAGCACCGGCAAUCACGUUUCAAGCAGUUUUAAUUUCCGGAGGUGGCUUUUCUUUCAUUCUAAUGAAUUACGGUGACUGUGCUGGUACAUAUUUUCCAGUGGAGGCUGGAUAUGAUACCAUAAACUCUACUGACUACCAUGUCAUUCAUUAUGAUUAUCCUGGCGACUCCAUCACAAACCUCAAGGACACGACUAACGUAAAUGUUCCUGGUCGUUGGGCCUUUCUUGUGAACAAUGGGACAGAAAACGUCAUAGGACUUCAAAUGAAACUUAGGUCAUUUUUAGACCUAACACAGACUCAAAACAAGGAGGUUGUGUUGCAGCUAAUAAAGGAGGAGCUGGCCAGUCAAGGAAUGUCAAGUUCAGUGGGGCUGAAAAUAAGAAACGUCCAAAGGACAGGGCCUUAAUACAAGAAAAUGAUAUAAAACAACUAUAAAAGUUGUUGCCAUUAAAGAUGUAUGCACCAACAUUGCGGGAAAUGUCACUACACAGCAGCAGAAUUUCUAUAUAUUCUCAACCUUCUCAUAAAUGAUCAACACACAAGUAUAAAUGAGCACAUUAAAUUAAUUAUCUUCAUUGAUCCCCUUUUUUUCUACUAUCAAUACUGCAAACAAGUUUCAGGGAAGUGAACAAAUCAAACUAACCUGUAUAAUAUGUGAACAAUGUCAUUAAACCUGUUCUUCAUCCAA